UAAUCUGAAAUCUGACUCCUUUACCUACAAAAAGGGGAUCCUUUGCUUCUGUCAUCUCGUUUGAAAACCCUAAUUAAAUCCCCAAUCUCUCUCCUCCACCCACUCUAAACCCUAAUUCUAUCCAUCAUCAAUGGCGAAAAAGCGAAAGCUCACAGCUAAAUCAGCCGAAGCUGCAACUUCUGCGCCGCAGAAGAAGCAGCAGAAGAAGGAGCAAAUCGAAGAAGAAGAACCAGCGAAAGAAGAAACACCCAAGGUAGAAGAACAACCGCAGCAAGUAGAGGAACAAUCGAAGCCUGUUGAAGAGGAAGAGGAGGAAGAAGAAGAAGUAGAAGAAGCGGAAUUCGAGGAAGAGGAGGUGGAAGAAGAAGAAGAAGAAGAGGAGGAGGAAGAAGAAGAGGGAGAAGAAGAAGAGGAAGAUGAACUAUCGAAGGCGAUUCAAGGUGAUACGACAGGAUCAGCUGAUGAUGAGCCGAUUCCGAUGCUUCUAGAACCUUUUACGAAGGAACAGUUGAUGAUGAUACUCCGGGAAGCUGCGGAAGCUCACCCCGAUGUAGCGUCUCGUAUUCGUAAGGUUGCAGAUGAAGAUACCGUUCAUCGGAAGAUAUUUGUUCAUGGAUUGGGGUGGGAUACGACGGCAGAUACGCUGAGGAGUGCGUUUUCGCAGUACGGCGAUAUCGAGGAUUGUAAGGCGGUUACCGAUAAGAUCUCCGGGAAGUCGAAAGGGUACGGGUUUAUAUUGUUUAAGUCGAGGAGCGGGGCACGGAAGGCGCUUGAGAUGCCGCAGAAGAGGAUUGGGGGGAGGAUGACGGCGUGUCAGCUGGCGGCGGUGGGGCCGGUGCCUACGACUACGGCUGCUGCAGUGGUGCAGCCGCAGCAGCCGAUGUCGGAGUAUACACAGAGGAAGAUUUAUGUGAGUAAUGUGUCUGCUGAUAUUGAUCCGCAGAAGCUGACUGCGUAUUUUGGGAAGUUUGGGGAGAUUGAGGAAGGGCCUUUGGGGUUAGAUAAACAGACGGGGAAGCCGAAAGGGUUUUGUUUGUUCGUGUAUAGGAGUGUUGAGAGUGCUAAGAAGGCUUUGGAGGAGCCUCACAAGCAUUUUGAGGGGCAUGUAUUGCAUUGUCAGCAGGCGAUUGAUGGGCCGAAGCCGGGGAAGCAGCAGAUGGGACAUCAUCAGCCAAGAGGGAAGCAUUUUGGAGGAAGGGUGGAUAACCCGAAUUUGGCAGGGGCGAUUGGUGGACCUCCAGCUACUGGGGCUGGGUUGAUGGGACAAUCGGUUGGUGGUGUUGGGUAUAACCAGGGGCCAGCUGCUGCUGCGCCGGGGUUGAAUCCGGCAUUAGGACAGGCUUUGACAGCUCUUUUGGCUUCGCAGGGGGCGGGGUUAGGGUUGAAUAACUUGCUUGGGACACUUGGUGGUGGGAUGGGGGGUGCUCCUGGUGCGGUUCAUGGUGGGUAUGGAGCGCAGAAUGUUGGAGUAAAUCCGAGUGUUUUGGGUGGUUAUGGGAACCAAGGUGGAUUGCAGAGCGCGUAUCCAAAUCAGCAGCUGGGGCAAGGAGGGGCUGGUGGGAGGUCGCAGCAUGGCCAUAUGGGUGGUGUUGCACCGUAUGGCGGUCAUUGAGUUACUCUUGAAUAGUCACAGAUCUCUAUUAGGUGCAUCAGUCUUUUAAUACUCGCGUGGUGAUUCUUCCCAAGUUUGAAGAGGCAAACAAGAUCUUUAUAAGAUUUCUUAUCAACUUUCUGUUUCUCUUCUAGAAAGGCUGUUGUCUUUGAACGAACAAAUAGUGUUGCUGGUUUUCAUUUCUUCUCUUUCUUUUUACCUGUGUUCCUUUUUAAACACUGUAAUAUUUUAAGGUAUAUUUUGUCUUAAAAGCUCCAGGGAUGACAUUGAGUACUUUUUCUUUUUUACAAAGUUUAUGCAACUUUGAAAAUUAUUAUGGAUGUUUUACUGAGGCUGAUGUUGAAUCUCUAUUGUCCUGUUUUACUAUAUUUUCUACUUUUGAAUCAAUUCUCUUUUUAAUCUACUUUAAUUUUUUUUUAAUUUGCAUUUUUUGAUUUCUGCUUGUUUUUCACUUCUUUUCAUGUGAUGUAGUCUGUGUAUUACAGGACAUUGUCAUGUCUUAAUUCAAGUGCAGAUAGUUGUUGAUGCAGGAGGGCUACUCUUAGCCAUUAUAUGUCGAAAAGGUGUAGAAGUUGAAUUUCUGAGGUUCAGUGCUUUAGAUGUUGUGAAAUAAAGUUUUUUAAUGUAAUUUUUUUAAAAAAAAUCUUACUGAAUUUACUUUUUUCAAUGGCAAGGGAGUCAGGGAGGGGAUGUGCUGUUGUGAAUUCUUGAGAGUAACCAAUUCAUAUUAAACCAACAAGGACUUUAUCAGUCAUAGAAGUUGUUAAUUGUUAGUUUAUUAUGAACGUCUUCUGCAAAGUAUUUGCCCAUCAAGAAAUAAGCCAUGCACUGGAUCUUUCAAAUUAGGAGUGCAUGUGCAUUCCAUAGGGUAAGUCUGUAGGUAUCUAUAGUCUUUCAUGUUUAGUGCUAAUAAGUUUAAGCUGUCAAUUUUCUGAUAUUUUUCUGGGAAGUUUUAGUGAUGGCUCUGAUUUGAAGAAGCCUUAGAGUGAAGCUAUCUGUCAUUGAUGACUUGUCUUACGUAUUUCUGUAACUCUAUGUCUGGCUUGCUUUCUGUGCAAUAUUAUUAACCCCCCCCCCCCCCUUCCUCUCAGCCCACAGUUUAAGCUCUUAAUAGAGGUUUUGUGGAGAACCUUUCUUUGUGUAUCCUCUAGCUAAAGUUGAUUAUAGGUUUGGAUAAUUUGAUAAAACGCCUUUUCCUGGUCUAUCUAAUACUUUUUUGGGCUCUUGUGUUAAGCUUUGCCCAAAGUGCAUCUGCAUUUUGUGCUUCUUCCAUAUUUCAUUUCAUUCAUUUUUUCUUUCCACAAAAUGAUCAAAGAUGUCCGGGUUGUUGAACUCUUAUGUGUAAAUAUGACUGGGUUUGGCCAACACUUGUGGGCUAACAGUAACUGCAGAACUAGUUAUCGCCCUGGCUAGGGUAAAACCAUGCCAUUUGUGCUGCUGCAGAUUUACUGUCUUUUUUGUGCUCUGCUUUGUUAUUCUACACUCUGUGCUACACCAUAUAUAUAUUGGACUUCUGGAAAUAGAAACUGUUUUCCGAAGACCAAAUCAACCAUGAUUUAUUAUUAACCAGGGAACCUUGUAAUCUUGUAUGGAUGUAUUAUUUCUAUACAGUGUCUAAUUUCUGUAUUCUUUUAUCCAGUGAGGAAUGUGUAGUGCAUCUGCUAGGGUACCUUUCCCCCUUUUCUUGUUACUCUUCCUGCUGGGGUUGAUACUUUUAUUUAUUUUUGACAAUGAAAUAGCAUCACUGAAGUUGUUUGAUCAGAACAUCACUCCUGAAACCAAGUAUGGAGGAAUUCUAUGUUAGUUUUAUGUUAGCUAUGGGGCUUGUUGAACUGCUGGUACACAGUUGACUAGUGUAAAUGUUGACUUACCUCACAACUAUUAUUAUUGUUUUGUUUUAAUGUGUGGGCGUUGGUAUCUGCAUGACUAGAGCUAGGGUUUGAAGUGUUGUGGGAAACUUACUUACAUCAGUAAAAUCUCACAAUUUGUACUCGUAUUUUAGGAUGCCUUUUAAUACAAGGAGUAAAUGACUGUUUGUGUGCUAAAACCUUGUCAGUUGUUGCUUCUCAUUGUCUUUAAUAAGUUUAAGAGUGUUUGAAAGAGGGCUCUGUUCCUGUUCAUCGCUCAAGUGUUCUGGCGGACAAGACUAUCGGUACAGUAAAUUUGGUGCAUAUUGUUAGUGUAGCUAUUGGUGCAUGUUGUUUGUGUAGCUAUUGGUGCAUGUCCAGUGUUGUGAAGGUAUAGGUUUAUGUUAAUAUGAAGUAAGGCAGGGUGUUGUUGCUCUAUUGGUUAUGGCUUAAUGCCCUUCUGAAGACCAGGGAUGCCCUCACUAGCAAUUGAUACAAUGCUCUCCUGAAGAGUUGUAAAGCAAGAUUAGGUCAUGGUUUUUGGCAAGAAAUGUCGAAUCACACAAUUUUGUAUUGGUGGCUGUUGUAAAUUUUCUAGUGCUGGUGUCUAUGUAAUGUUGUUUUAAAGGCUACUAGGUGAAUGUAAUGUGCAGUCAUUUUGUUACGGAUUUUUCUAUGGCAUCGUUGAUCUAGUGUC